AUGCUCGUCCUGCGCAGUUGCCAGCCAGCAGCAGCAUGGGCAGCAAGCACGCGCACCUACAUCACAGCAACUUCACUCGCAAAAGUCAAGGAAGCAACUUCGAAACACGCCGCAGGACUCAUUCCUCCUCAUCCCCGCAAAAACACAAUCCCCAUCUAUGCACCGCUUCCCGGUCCAGCCACGAAGGAUGCUAUGGCAAAAGUCCAUCUAGAUCUCAAACAACAGUAUGAUACGACCGGUGAACGGACACUUGCUCUAUCACGGCGGAACUUACAAGGACUACGACCUGGUAUGGUCUUGUCUGUGUUUGCCUACAAUAACUUCCCUGCCCUCUCACCCGUGUCGACAUUCAGUGGCUACCUGAUUGGUAUCAAGCGUGCCGGUAUUGAGUCUUCACUGAGAUUACGCACACAAGUCAUGCGAAUUGGCGUUGAGAUGCGUGUGCCAGUGUACGCACCCACCAUCAAGGAGAUUCGAGUGAUUAAGCGCGAACCACCCAAGAAGAUUCGCCGGGCCAAGUUGUUUUAUAUGCGAUCUGGCAGGCAUGAUAAAGGUGCACCGGAUGCGAUUGUCAAGGCGGAUCGGGAGAGGCGGGAACAGGCUGCUCGAGAGGCAAAGAGGCAGGAGCGCCGGUAG